GUUGCAGAAAAACGUCCAGAUUCAAAAAUUGGUGACAGUUAUUUACUUCUUCUGAGUUUCUGACAUUUUAUAAGAAACUAAAAUUCCAAAUCUUCUCAUUUUUGCUUCUUCCCUUUGUUCCCUGUACUUUUCUCUGAAAUCCAGUUUCAAGAAACUAAAUCCAUGGAAAGGAAGGAGAUCACUGUGUCCAGCUCUACGGCUAACAGGGAGACUGACUCUCCGCUUAGCCAACCACUGCCUAUCGCGGUAGUAGUCCCUCAGGAGAAGGGGAAGAAGAAGAGAGGGAGGCCCAGGAAGUAUGGUCCAGAAGGGAGCCUAGCAGCGGCUGCCUCUCAGGGCUUUUCCUCGCCCCCUUCCGAAUUCGCUAGAGGGCCGCCGGCUCCGCUAGCGACUGGUUCUGGGAAUCAGCAACUGAUUCCCCAUUUUGGUCCAGAAGAGAGCACAUCAUCGGCUUUCUCUCAGGGCUUUGCAACACCUGCUUCUGAAUUCUCUCCGAAGCAGAUUAGAGGGCCGCAGCCACGGAAUUCUGGCGAUCGGAAACCGACUCCCUCUUUAAGUGAAUUGCUUGCAAAUGUAAAAGGAAAAGACUUUACGCCACAUGUGCUUACUAUACAUACAGGGGAGAAUGUCGCGGCAAAGUUAAUUUCACUCAUUGGUCCUCGAGAUGUUUGCAUUCUCUCUGCAAAUGGAUUUGUUUCCAAUGUUACUAUCUGUCAGCCUGGCUCCUCUGGCGGUAUUUUGACAUUUGAGGGCUGUUUUGAGAUACUCUCUUUAUCUGGGUCCUUCACAACUACUGAUAAUGGUGUUAUACGCAGUACAACUAGUGGAUUAAGUGUUACAGUGGCUGGCGCUGAUGGUCGUGUGAUUGGUGGUGCGUUAGCAGGUCAAUUGAUUGCUGCUAGCCCGAUUCAAGUUGUGGUUGGAAGUUUCAAGUCAACUGAUAAAUCUCACAAAGGGAAGAACAAUGAUGGAUCUCCAAUGCCUUCAGCAACACCAGGUCCCCAAGACAUGGCGACUGCAGCAAGACCGAUAACUCAGCCCACACCUGAUGAUGACACCUCCACCACCCCAACAGCUGCAUUACCAGGACAGGGCCAUGGUGAUGCAGAAAACAGUGCAAACAGUAAUCUAAACCCAAACAAUGGUUUUCAAAGUGCCGAUUGCUAUGGAACAGUGUCCACACAAGAACAGAGGCUCUCCAGACACUAAUGCAUGUGUGAUGGGGGAAUAAUAUAGAAGGUGUUAGAAUAGAUGCUAUAGAGGCUCGAAUUUUUGGUGGAUUAGGCUGAAUUAUCUGCUUUAUCAUUGCUUCAUUAUUUCCACCUGAAGAUCGAUUCCAAGGAAUUUCAUGGGAUAGUCUAUUUUUGUUGUAAUUCUGUUGUUUUUAAUUGUGAAAGGAUAAUCAUUGAGGAGGGGAGUGUCUCCCUCCGUCGGUGCUCUUCAUUGAUUUUAAAUGUCAUAUGAAGGUUGAAACUUAAUAUUUAGUAGUAGUUAAUAUCUGAUAGUUAUAAACAUUUUAUAGGAAUUUUCCGGUGGUUCAUAUUCCAAUUUUGCUCUCUUUAAUUUAUCAAAGUUCUUCUCUCUGUAA